AUGUAUGCCUAUGUAAGAAGGCAUGCUAUGGAGAAGAAAACAAGUUCCCAAGAGUCACGCAAAUUGAGCCAAAUCUUUUUCCCCAAGCAACUCAACAAAGUGUACCCUAUUAGACUACACAGAAGCUCUUCAACUUCAUCCAUAUCCUCAUUAUCAUCAUCCUUGUCACAAAAUUCAGAUGACUCUUCCCCAACAGAUUCUUUGAAUCUAGUGGAUGACAAUUUUCAAUUUGCAUUGAAUUUGAUUUCACCACGUGGUCGAAGAAGAGCACCAGCACUUUCUAACACUCCUCACCAACAACAAAGUUCAGAUGUUGCUGAGCCUGGUGAAUUUAGAAGAUGCAACUGGAUCACAAAGAACUGUGAUAAGGCUUACAUUGAAUUUCACGAUGAGUGUUGGGGGGUCCCAGCUUACGAUGACAAAAAAUUGUUCGAGCUGCUUACACUGUCAGGGCUGCUGAUAGAUUACAACUGGACAGAAAUCCUAAAAAGAAAGGAAAUUCUUAGACAAGUUUUUGCUGGAUUUGAUCCUAAUAAUGUGGCCAAAAUGGAGGAGAAAGAAAUCAUGGAAAUAGCAGCAAACAAAGAAGUGAUGUUACCCGAUUGCAGAGUUAGAUGCAUAGUAGACAAUGCCAAAUGCAUAAUAAAGAUUGUGAGGGAAUGUGGAUCAUUCAGCUGCUAUAUAUGGGGUUAUGUAAACCACAAACCAGUGAUUAACAAAUACAAAUACCCAAGAGAUGUCCCUUUAAGGACUACAAAAGCAGAUACCAUCAGCAAGGACUUGAUAAAGCGUGGCUUCCAAUUUUUGGGUCCUGUGAUUGUUUAUUCUUUUAUGCAGGCUGCAGGAUUGACAAUUGAUCAUCUUGUGGACUGUCAUAGGCACAAUGAAUGUGUAAGACUAGCACAAAGGCCUUGGAGGCAUUUAGUGAGCCUUGAGGCCUUGGUUGUUGUACACUACAUGUUUGAUAUGAAAAAGAAAAAGAAAAGCAAGUUUGAUCUAUAUAACAUGGUAUUCGAACCAUAUUCAAAGAGAGAUAUUGAAUAUGAUGAUGAUAUUGCAAAGUGGGUAAGAGAGAAAUGA